AUGGCUAGUACACUGAGGAACAUUCAUGAUCACAACGUUAUCGGGUCAGAAGACACUGUGUACCGCUACUUGUGCCCCGUGAGAAAGACCGGAAGCAUUAUCGGGAAAGGUGGUGAGAUCGCUAAGCAGAUUAGGUCUGACACCAAAUCAAACAUGAGGAUCAACGAGGCUUUGCCCGGGUGUGAGGAGCGUGUUGUCACCAUAUAUUCAACCAGUGAUGAGUUAAACCAUUUCGGAGACGAUGGAGAGCUUGUUUGUCCUGCUUUGGAUGCUCUUUUCAAGGUCCAUGACAUGAUUGUCACGGACAUUGAUGCUAAUGUUGAUGCUGAUGAUGAUGAUGGAGAAGAUGAUGAUGUUAGUGAAAGAAAACAAACGGUGACUGUGAGGAUGCUUGUGCCGUCAGACCAAAUUGGUUGUGUUAUUGGGAAAGGUGGUCAAGUUAUUCAGAAUCUUCGUGUUGAAACCAAUGCUCAGAUUCGUGUCAUCAAAGAUCAUCUUCCUGCUUGUGCUUUGACUCUGAGUCAUGAUGAGCUUCUUCAGAUAAUUGGAGAGCCUUUGGUUGUGAGAGAGGCUCUUUACCAAGUUGCUUCACUGCUUCAUGCUAAUCCGUCAAGGUUUCAACACUCACUCUUGACGGCUCCGAGCUCCAUGCAUCAACCUGGUGGGAUGUUGAUGUCUGCGGCGCUAACGAGCUCUCACAGGAACUACGCCGUGCAUAGAGAUAUAGCAGACGCGAGGGAGUUUUGUGUUUGCUUCAUCUGUCCGGCUGAAAAUGUCGGAGGUGUGAUAGGGAAAGGUGGUGGUUUCAUUAACCAGAUCAGGCAAGAAACUGGUGCAACGAUUAGAGUCAAUACCUCGGAGACUGAUGAUGAGGACUGCAUCAUUUUCAUUUCAUCAAAAGAGUUCUAUGAAGAUCAGUCUCCAGCGGUAAAUGCAGCAAUACGCUUGCAGGUUCGGUGCAGUGAGAAAGUGGGCAAAGAUGCGAAUGAUUCAGCAAUAUCCACUCGUUUGCUUGUGUCGAGUUCUCAAAUCGGGUGUCUCAUUGGGAAAGGUGGAGCUGUUAUAUCCGAGAUGAGGAGUGUCACACGAGCUAAUAUCCGUAUUCUCCAAAAGGAUGAUGUUCCAAAAAUUGCGCGUGAGGAUGAAGAAAUGGUUCAGAUUACAGGAAGUCCUGAUGCGGCCAUGAAAGCUCUUACGCAAGUGGUUUUGCGAUUGAGAGCUAACGCUUUCGACAUGGAUCACGGACUUGUCUUGAUGCCAACAUCUUUUCCAUAUUUCUCUCAAGUGACCGAAAGUUCGAGCAAAGCCAAAUACGCAAAACGCGAUGGUGGUAAAGAUCACGACCAUAGUAAACUAAAUUCGAACUCCAAGAGAAGAAACAAUGCUUCUUAA